UUUUUUAUUUGGAGUACGUGGAUAACAUAUUUGUUUGGCGUUGAAAAAUCCUAGAGACAACACAGACCUCGUCGUUGGACCUAACGUUGUUCGCAAAGUCAGGGUCGUUUUAGUCCAACAAAAACAUUUUCAAAUUCCCAAAUUACCCCUUUCGUGACUGACUUUUUCCAUCCAUAUCCCUUCAUUUUAAUUUAUUUUAAUUUUUACCUAAGAAAAAUAAAAAUUUCAUUUUUAUUUUUUUUAUUCCCUUCAAUUUGUGGUAAGAGGGUAUAUUCUGGGUUUCGAUAAUCGAUGCUCUUUGGUCACAGAAUUCUCCAUCUAUAACUCUUCUCAUCUUAACUACAAAAAAGUUCAUAUUAUUCUUUGGACGAGUUUUGGUUUUUUUCCUCAACAGGGUAAGAGGUUUCUCUGCGGCCUGUGAAGGUGCUGGAAAUUGUCAAUAUUUUUCCCUAAAUAAAUGAUAUUAUAAUCAAGAUGUGGUGAUGAUGGUAUUUAGUGGAUGACUAAUUCCACUUUUAACCGGAUAUCUCUAGUUGAUGUUUUGAUUACUGUAUAUCACAUUAGCUCUGAUUAGUGGGUACUGAAUGACUCAAUGGCCAGAGUUGUUUAUUUUCGCUAGGUGUUCAAGUGUAUUCUGGAGAGUGAGUUAGCUUUAGAGAUCUUGGUUGUUGAAAUUACCAAUAACAGGUUAAUAUAAUAUAACAGCCGAGCCAUUGGAGUCAUCUUACAGAUUUAAGAUAAAAUCUUGUGAAAGGUAAUAAACAUAUACUUGGAGUGUACAUUUUGUAAUAAUGGAAGUAGCUAUUUGUCCACAUGCACAGAAGCAGAAUUCGCCGACAACAGGUCGCAAAGGUAGUCCUGGAUCCCAAAAAGAUUUGUGGCUUGUUGUGCGAGAAGGAUCUCUGAAUGAUGUAGAGUCAGCAUUGACAUCAAUAAAAAAGAGUGGGGGCAAUAUCAAUGCGAGGAAUACCUUCGGGCUUACUCCUCUUCAUGUUGCAGCUUGGAGAAACCACAUUCCCAUUGUAAGGAGGCUUCUUGCGGCUGGUGCAGAUCCUGAUGCUAGAGAUGGAGAAUCAGGAUGGAGUAGCCUUCAUAGGGCUCUGCAUUUUGGUCAUCUUGCUGUUGCAAGCAUCCUUCUUCAGCAUGGUGCCUCGAUUACAUUGGAGGACUCUAAAUCUCGAAUACCUAUAGAUCUCUUAUCUGGAAACGUGUUUCAGGUUGUUGGAAAUGAACACAGUUCAGUUGCUACUGAGGUAUUUAGUUGGGGAAGUGGUGCAAAUUAUCAGCUUGGAACUGGAAAUGCACAUAUUCAAAAGCUACCAUGCAAAGUUGAUUCACUUAAUGGCUCGAUUAUUAAGCUGAUUUCUGCGGCGAAGUUCCACAGUGUUGCACUGACUGAUCGUGGAGAAGUGUAUACUUGGGGAUUUGGAAGGGGCGGCCGUCUUGGGCAUCCUGAUUUUGACAUACAUAGUGGUCAAGCUGCCAUCAUCACUCCCCGCCAGGUGACUACUGGUUUGGGUUCUCGCAGAGUUAUGGCAAUUGCUGCAGCGAAGCAUCAUACUGUUAUUGCUACUCAGGGCGGGGAAGUGUUCACUUGGGGAUCCAAUAGAGAGGGGCAGCUAGGGUACACUUCUGUUGAUACACAACCCACACCUCGUAGAGUAUCUUCUUUGAGGUCAAGAAUUGUUGCCAUUGCUGUAGCAAACAAACACACGGCUGCAGUUUCUGAUUUAGGUGAAGUUUUUACUUGGGGUUGCAAUAGAGAGGGUCAGCUUGGUUACGGCACCUCUAACUCGGCCUCUAACUACACCCCACAUGUGGUCGAAUCCUUGAAGGGAAAGACCUUGACCAAAGUUUCUGCUGCCAAAUAUCAUACAAUUGUAUUAGGAUCUGACGGAGAGGUAUUUACCUGGGGUCAUCGACUUGUUACUCCAAAACGUGUAGUGAUUACUAGGAAUUUAAAGAAAAGUGGAAGCACUCCUUUAAAGUUUCAUCUCAAGGAACGACUUCAUGUAGUUUCUAUAGCUGCUGGAAUGGUACACAGCACGGCUCUUACAGAAGAUGGUGCAUUAUUUUAUUGGGUCUCAUCAGAUCCUGAUCUUAGAUGCCAACAGUUAUAUGCUAUGUGCGGAAGAAAUAUGGUUAACAUAUCUGCUGGAAAGUACUGGACUUCAGCAGUUACAGCUACUGGUGAUGUUUACAUGUGGGAUGGGAAGAAAGGUAAGGAUAAGCCGCUUAUUGCAACUCGGAUGCACGGUGUAAAGAAGGUUACUUCAGUUUCAGUUGGCGAAACACAUUUAUUAAUUGUGGCUUCCCUUUAUCAUCCUGCCUAUCCUAUCAACAUGAUUGAUAAUUCUCAGAAGCUCAAGUUGAAUAGCAGAAAUAGUACGGAAGAGUUAAAUGAAGACAUUUUAUUUGAAGAUACUGAUUCCAAUAAUACAACAUAUACGGUUCAAAAUGAUAAUCUUAGACAGAGAUCUACUCCUAGCUUAAAAAGUCUUUGUGAAAAAGUUGCAGCAGAGUCUCUACUGGAGCCACGGAAUGCCAUACAAUUGCUUGAGAUUGCUGAUUCUCUUGGAGCAGAUGAUUUGAAGAAAUAUUGCGAGGACAUUGUUAUGCGCAACCUUGAUUAUAUAUUUUCAGUUUCAACACAUGCUGUAGCAACUGCAGCACUAGAUGUUCUUGCGAACCUUGAGAAAUUGUUCGACCAGAGAUCAUCUGAGCCUUGGAGUUAUCGACGACUCCCUACCCCAACUGCUACACUCCCUGUCAUCAUUGACAGUGAAGAGGAUGAUAAUGAGAUAGAGUAUCAAAGGACCUGCGACAUACCCACAAAAAUGUCUGCACUGAAAUUGGAAAGACAAGAUUCCUUUCUACAGCCCAAGGAUGAUUCUGAUAGUGAAAUCUCCAAAGUAGUUCGUGCUAUAAGGAAGAAGUUGCAGCAGAUUGAGAUGCUUGAAACUAAGCAGUCUAAAGGACAUCUUCUCGAUGACCAGCAGAUCGCAAAACUUAAGUCUAAACCAGUACUUGAGAGCUCACUUGUAGAGCUAGGUAUUCCUGUCGAGACUUCACAGAAUAGAGAGUCAUCUUCUAUGCUACCAGAAGGGAAAGGUAAUAAGAAAGGUAAAUCAACAAAAAAACAAAGGAAAAAGAGUAGCAACAAAUCAAGCAUAGAGCAGACAGAAACAGAAUCUGUUUAUUCUAAAAGUGAAGUGAUCCCCGAGUCUGAAGACCUGCUGGAUAUUGACAUCCUGACCUCUCCUAAUUCAAAGGUGGAAGAGGAUAUCUGUAAACAUUCAACAGCAGACCAGGGUGAAAAAGAUUUAACUUUUGUUGUACAGAAGAAAGAUGCUUCAGAGUUGCUGAACGGCAAGGGUCCGUCACCCAAGGUCUCUAAGAAGAAGAACAAGAAGGGUGGUCUUUCUAUGUUUCUGAGUGGUGCUCUUGAUGAAGCCCCCAAAGAGGUGUCUCCCCCUCCACCACCGACACCAAAAAAUGAUGGUCCUGCAUGGGGCGGGGCCAAGUUUUUGAAGGGUUCUACUUCUCUUCGUGAAAUCCAGGAUGAGCAGAGCAAAAUAAUGGGUAACAAGCCAGCUGGGGUUAAAGACAAGGUGGAAGAUCCUACUGAUUUUGGCAGUGCGGGGAAAAUAAAGUUGAGUUCAUUUCUUCAUUCUAGCCCGAUACCUGUUGUGACAACUCGAAGUCCUCAGGCAUCUGAUGGAGAUAAAAACACCCCUCCUUGGGCUGCUCCAGUAACCCCUCCUCAAACCUCUAGGCUGUCUUUAAGGGACAUCCAAAUGCAACAGGUCAAGAAACAGCAAGGCCUAUCCAGCAGUCCAAAAACUAGAACUGCUGGAUUCACUAUAGCUACUGGUCAAGGCUCGCCAUCCGAAGCAACUGGGAUGAACCGUUGGUUCAGGCCCGAAGUUGAAACACCAUCCUCGAUUCGUUCGAUUCAAAUCGAGGAAAAAGCUAUGAAAGAUCUCAAACGUUUCUAUACCAGUGUCAAGAUUGUCAAAAAGCAGCAAUGUUAAGUCUCAUUUCAGUGAUUAUUGUCUACCCUUUCUUGCUCCAAACCAAUGACUGUAAAUUAGUCAGUAGAAGAUAUAGUUUUAGUGUGUACAUUUUCUGUAUUUUCUUAACUAGAGUUGUAUCAUAUGAUCAAGGUUUUUCCAUUUACUCAUUUUCAAUUGUGUCUCAUGUUUUGAGACUGGUCAAAUAAUUGGAGUAAGCUAAGUUGCAGUCAAGGGUAGACAUGGUUGGUUACAUAUUUUCCUUACUAAAAUUACUUCCAAAGGCUCAAGAAUGUCAGAAUAAGAGAAUAUACUCAUUUCCAAAAAUAAGGGCUUUGUAUUUUCCAUACAAUCCCAGCUAGAACAGUGACCCUUUUGUAGUUCCCUAAAGUUGUUCCAUUUAUUUGAGGAAUAUUAAGACUUUGGAGUGACCACAACUGUUCAUACUUUUUAUAAGCUCUGUAUGCACACAACUUGCAACACAAAUUUAUUAAUUUAUUUGUUUUUAACAA